AUGAGUCCCUUGGGUGGCGCUGGCGGGGGGUUUCUAACCCCUGGUACUGCUGAGGAGUCAACCGGUGCAGAGCGGUUCAGCACGAUGAGCCUGGACGUGCAGAGUGCGCACAGCCCUGGGGAGGUUGACGCGCUGGCGACCAGCGUUGACCUGGUUGACUGCAGCGUUGACCUGGGGGACUCGGCAGGAGAAGGAGGGGCUUCUCUGGAGGGUGGUGCAGGGCCGAGAGGGGCGGGGGGGCAUCUGGCAAUGUCGCCUUGCUACACUGCUACUCUUGACUCCCAGCACUCAUCGCUCCCAUCGUUCCCCCCUGCCCCUGCGCACUCUGUCCUGCCCCCCAGGCUGCUGCAAGCGGACGACAGUGAGUUCAAGUGGAAGGCAUACGACGGCUUCUGGGCGCUGCUCGCCCUGCUGCACAACAAGGCCGACGCCGCGGCCGCCCUCUCCGCGGGCCUCUUCCUCUCCCUCCCCGGCUCCGCCUCCACCGCCUUCCCCCUCUCCCGCCUGCGCGCCCUCGCCCCGCCCCCGCCCUCCCGCCUCGACCUCGACGCAGCAUUAGAGGGCGAUGGGGGGGGGCACUGGGGGUGCAGCACGGAGGAGCGGCUGGAGCAGCUGGGGAAGGAGAAGUGUCCGCGCGUGGUGUUCCGCCUCGUGCUGCUCUAUGUGUACGACGCGGGGUUAGACGCGCUGCAGCGCUGCCUGCACCACUUCACCGUGCUCGUCCCCGUCAUGCUGGCGGACGGCAGUGACGGCAGCAGCGACUGGCACCGCAACCGCUUCCACCUCUUCCUCUGGUCGCUGCUGCACGCGCACGACGCCGUGGGGCAAAUGGACGACGGGGCGCGCGGGGAGGUGAUUGCGCAGGGCGUGCAUGACGUGGUGGUGUCGGCUGCUGCUGUGUUCGCGCACCCCAUGAAGGGCUCCCUGCGUGCCACGCCCAGCAGCUCGGGGUCGGAGGAGGAUGAUGACCUGGAAGCCGCCAGACGCCUCGUGCAGCAGCAGCGAGUGGACGCCGCUGUGGAGGAGGAAAUAGGGCACAUGCUGUCAGCGGUGGCGCAGUGGGACGCAGAGCUGUCACAUGCACGGCAGCUGCACGAGGCACUGAGGGCGCAGAGGGUGCGGCAGCAGCGUGCCUUCCAGGAGCUGCAGCGCAUCGCCCUCGCCGACCUGCUCGAUGCUGACAGCCGCCGCCGCGCUGCCGCCCGCAUCGCUUACGACGAGCAGCAGGAGCGCGUCAAGCCCGCAAGCGCAGGGGGAGAGGGCGCGGAAGGCGCGGGCACAGAGGGGAAGGAGGAGGGCAGCGAGGCGGAACCAGGGCGAGAGGUGCGGGUGAAAGCGGUGGCAGUGGCGGCGGCAGGGAGGGAGAAGGGAGCAGGGGUGGGGGAGGAGGGAGGGGAGAUCCGGGUGGAAAAGGAUUUACUGGAGGAGGUGGCGAUGCUGCAAGAGGAGCACAAGAGCGCCCAGGAGAGCGCAGGGGGGGCAGGCUCGGGGGCGGGUGGGGGAGGGGAGGUGGCUGUGCGGUCGAGUGGGGUGCAGCUGGGUCUCCGAUUCGAGUCCGACGAUGAGACCUCUCAAAACUCGCUGGGGCGGGCGAGUGUGGGCAUGGCCAAGGACCCCGAUGUGCUGCAGGAAGUCAAGAUGCACCGCCAGUGGCCCCUGCUUGAGCUGCGGCUUAUCCGAGUGACGCGCUUCCUGCUGCGCUACACGGCCCUCGAGCUCUCCUUCACAUCCCCCGCCGCGCGCCCGCCAGCACUCUUCACCUUCGCCUCGCCGCGCCUCGCAGCUGACUUCGCAGCCAAGAUGGCCGCAGUGGCCAACGCCACAGCCCGGUCCACGCGCGCACGCGAGGAGCACGUCAUGGUGGUGGACCGCCGCCGCGCUCUCGACCGCGCGGAGAAAGCCGCAGCGGCGUGGCGGCGGCGAGAGCUGAGCAACUUUGAGUACCUCAUGGUGUUGAACACGCUGGCGGGGCGCACGUACAAUGACCUGGCGCAGUACCCCGUGUUCCCGUGGGUGAUUGCGGACUAUGAGAGCGAGCAGCUGGACCUGCAGAGCGAGAGCACCUUCCGUGACCUUGGCAAGCCCGUUGGGGCACUCAAUGCCAAGCGCCUUGAGAUGUUCCGUGAUAGGGCAGAGAGUUUUCGAGACCCCGAUAUUCCAAGUUUCCUGUACGGCUCGCACUACUCCACAGCGGGCAUCGUGUUAUUCUACCUGCUGCGCCUCGAACCCUUCGCCACUCUCAGCUGCCGCCUGCAGGGCGGCAAGUUUGACCACGCGGACAGGCUGUUCCAGUCAGUAGCAGUGACGUGGGCCAACUGCCUGACCAACACGAGCGAUGUCAAGGAGCUCAUCCCCGAAUUCUUCUAUCUGCCUGACUUCCUCUCUAACGCCAACCACCUGUAUCUGGGGCAGUGCCAGGACGGCUCAAUGCUCAAUGAUGUUGUGCUGCCGCCCUGGGCGCAGGGCAGUCCAGAGCUGUUCGUGCGUCUCAACCGGGAGGCCCUCGAGAGCGAGUGGGUCAGCGCGAACCUCCACCGUUGGAUCGACCUCAUCUUCGGCUACCAGCAGCGCGGCCUGGCAGCCAUGGAAGCAGACAACGUGUUUUUCUACCUCACAUACGAGGGCGCUGUGGACAUGGAUGCUCUAGAAGACCCCAUGGACCGGGCGGCCAUAGAGGAGCAGAUCGCUGCCUUCGGCCAGACGCCCGCCCAGCUCUUCCGCCGCCCGCACGAGCCCCGCGGCCCGCCGCCCCGCGCCGCCCGGCCGCUGCUGCACCGGCCGGCGGCGCUUGGACUUUCUGCUGUGGUGCCAGCGUGUCCCCCUGGUGCUGGUGCUGCGGGUGGCAGUGCGGGUGCAGGGGGGAGUGUGGGGGAGGUGCUGCGGCAGCAGUGGGAGGUGGGGGUGGUGUUUGUGGGGGUGGCGCAGGGGCGGGUGGUGACAGUAACGAGGGGGCAGUGCAUGGCCGCCCGGCUGUGGAACACACCGUACAGCUCGGGAUACCAAGUGCUGGCUGCGGACGCGCCCUUCUCGCUGAGCGAGCCGCUCAUCUCUCGGCGAAUCGGGGCGCCCUUCGCGUCCACGAGUGGGGACGUGAGCCCGCACUGCUUCGCGCUGCUGCGCGGGACCUCCUCGCCCUUCCUGCUGUGCGCCGCACACUGGGACUGCUCCACGCGCCUCGUGGCGGUCAGUGACGGCCGCACCCUGCAGGCCGUGCGGCAGCACACCGACGUCGUCACCUGCCUCUCCGCAUCAGAGGACGGCCUGUGGAUGGCGACAGGCAGUCGCGACACGACAGUGAUGGUGUGGCAUGUGGACCGCACACAGCCACGCCCCUCCGCCGACCCAGUGCUGCCCUGCAAGCCGCACCUGCUCCUCUGCGGGCAUGACGACGUGGUCACUCAGGUGCUCGCCUCCUCCCCGCUCGACCUCGUCCUCUCAGCCUCGCUGGAUGGCUCGCUGCUGCUGCACUCGCUCUCCUCGGGCCGCUUCAUCCGCUGCAUCCGCCACCCGCUGCGCCACGCCGUGCAGCGAAUGGCUGUCAGCCAGCUGGCGCUGGUGGCGGUGCACUCCGAUGCGGAUGGCUGGCUGCGCGUGGCCUCCAUCAACGGCAAGUGGCUUGCUGCCGCAGCAACAGCAGCAGCAACAGCAACAACAGCAGCAGCAGCAGCAGCAGAAGUGGACAGUGUGACGUGCAUGGCAGCGAGUGCGUGCGGUGAGUUCCUGGUGACAGCGGGGGCGGCGGGGCGGGUAACAGUGCGGUCCUUCUUCACACUGGCCACAGUGGUGGUGUACGAGGGUGUGGGCGUGGCCGCCUGCUCCAUUGCCGUCACCAGUGAGGAUGCCAUUCUCGUGGGGCUGGAAGACGGCCGCCUGCUGCUCUACUCGCUGCGCGCCGAUGCUCUCACUGACUGA